AUGGCGCGCGCACUGCGAAUGCUUUGCUCAUCCAAAGAUCGAUGCGACAGCCUGAUAGCACCGUCUCUGGCAGCCAUUGGGUCUGACGAUAAACCUGACAAGAGAGUACAGGCUCGAACUGGCGAGCGACUGAGCCUGUCCUCCCACAUGCGCUGGAAAGAUGUGUUGGCAGGCACUCGGGUCUAUAGCGUCGCUUCCGACAGGCUGCUCUCGAGUAAAAGUACCCAACAACGAUCUGAAGACGCCGACAGGCUCAAAGUCGACAGGGUGUCGAACAUGCUACCGAGCAGGGCAGGCAUCGAGCCAGCGGCGAUCAUGUCUAGCUCGAAGAAUCUGCCACAAUCGUACAAUGCCUUCGCAACAGAAAGUCGUCAUUCCUCAACGAAUCGUCGAACCCUCCUCAAGACCGCGCAACCGCUCCUCAAGAUCUGAUCAAAGACAGCAGGGGCCUGCCGAGCAAGCUCCUGUUGAAACAGCUUCCCUGCUCAUCUGCCUUCUGAUCCUAGUCGACC